CAAUGAAUCGGCCCACCUUCUGACAGCUCCGAAAAAUGAGCCUGGAUCCAGUUUUUCUUGUGAUCGAAUCGACUUUGUACUUUUAGUCGCGAUGUGAUUGAGAAUUGGACAAAAAUUUGAUAGUCUGCAGAGAUUCGAGACGAAAAGUGAGCCUCGAUGGUGUCUUCUUUAUCUUUUCAGUUCAAAGUUAAUUUUUCGGAGGGAGAUACGAAGAUGUACGCUGCUGAAUUUGACUCGGAAUUUGAUCACGAACCAAGGAGCGACGAGGAAUCGAGAACGGAAGUCAACUUGGAUUGUUCGAUAAGGAUUUUCUCGGCAGAAAACUAUCGCGAGGGGACAAUAGAAUCGAAGAAUUUUCGAGCGAUGACGAACGACCAGGAGAAAAACGUGACUUUCGACGAUAAAUCGUUCGAGGAAGUUUUGCGUCGCGGUUUAAACGACGAAACUAUUUCCAAUGUGAGGAUAAAGAGUCAAACUCCAGCUGUUGGAAAAGGCGAAAAUUUUAUGAGUCAAAUGUGGAGAUUGACUCUGACAUACUCGCGCGAGGGGCAAAAUGGCGUAAAUCGUAAACCGGAUAAAUCGAUGGGGAAUUCGCUCAGGAAAGAAAUAAGCUUGAUCGUCAAAAUCGAGCCUGAAACGAAGGGUUUCUGUUUGGAAAUGAUCCGUGAUCAAAAAUGCUUCGUCACAGAGACAAAAGUUUUUAAAGCGAUGAUGCCCGAGAUGGAAAAGCUGCUGAAACGAUCGUUGGCUCCGAAGUGUUUCUACGCGCACCAAACGAAGGACAAGCGAAGUUUCAUCGUCCUCGAGGACCUCAAACCUCUCGGUUUCGCUACUAAAGACCGCCAGAGUGGUUUGUCCCGAUCUCACGUUAGCAUGGUGCUCGAAGCUCUCGCCAGUUUUCACGCCGCUUCGGUCCGGCAGCGCGAGCAAAAUCCUGAACUCGUGGAAUCCUUCACCGACGGACUGUGGAUGGACAAAACCCCGAAAAAUAUGUUCCGCGCAAUGGAGCAGAGUCUUCGAAUGGUCACCGAAAAGUGUCGAGACUGGCCGGAGCCCGAGUAUCGAAUAAUAAGCGAAAAGUUACGGGCGAUCGAGGCUAAGUUCGCCGCCGAAAUUCUCGACGCCAAGAAGUACGAAGGCUCUGAAUUCUGCGUGCUCAACCACGGGGAUUGUUGGGUCAAUAACAUCAUGUUUCGCGAGGACGAAAACGGCGAGCCUCUCGAAGUUAGGCUGGUCGAUUUCCAGCUGUCAGUCUACUCGUCCCCGGUCAUCGAUCUCGUCUACUUUCUCAGCACUUGUCUCUCCCUCGAAAUCCAGGAUGAUUUCGAAGUCUUUUUCAACGUGUAUCUCGAGAGGCUGAGGCUCAGAAUGGAAACUUUAGGAUGCAGAACGCAGCCACCAACGAUCGAGGAGCUCCGUCGAGCUGCCAUCAAGAGACGCAUGUACAGAGUGAUGGCCGGACUCAUGCUCUAUCCUCGAAUGCUCGCGGAUGUAUCGGAAAUCGAAAGUUUUGAUCAGCUCAUCACGAGCGGUCAGACCCGAAUGAAUAUCUUCAAGAAUCCAGCCGCCACGAUUGCUGUCCAAAGGUCACUGCUCUUUAUGCACAAGACUGGGUACCUCGACUGAUCGGAAUUCUGCUCAAUUACGAAAUUCAGUUGAUUUCGUAGGAUUCUGCGAAGGUUUCCGUACUCUUUGGCAUCACUUUAUCGUUGAUCGUCCUAUCGUAAUAAACGGAAAAUUCGAAA